AGGCAGAAGUGGCGUCUCUGAACCGCCGUAUCCAGCUGGUAGAGGAGGAGUUAGACCGAGCCCAGGAGCGCCUUGCCACGGCUCUGCAGAAGCUGGAGGAGGCAGAGAAGGCUGCAGAUGAAAGUGAAAGAGGCAUGAAAGUAAUUGAAAACAGAGCUCUGAAGGAUGAGGAGAAGAUGGAGCUGCAGGAGAUCCAGCUAAAGGAAGCCAAGCACAUUGCAGAGGAGGCAGACAGGAAGUACGAGGAGGUUGCUCGGAAGCUGGUGAUCAUAGAAGGAGAUCUGGAGCGUACCGAAGAGAGAGCUGAGCUUGCAGAGUCUAAAUGUUCCGAGCUGGAGGAAGAGCUGAAGAAUGUCACCAACAAUCUCAAGUCUCUUGAGGCUCAGGCUGAGAAGUACUCCCAAAAAGAAGAUAAAUAUGAAGAAGAGAUCAAGAUCCUGACUGAUAAACUCAAAGAGGCAGAGACCCGUGCUGAAUUCGCUGAGCGGUCUGUAGCCAAGCUGGAGAAGACCAUUGAUGAUUUGGAAGAUGAGCUCUAUGCCCAGAAACUGAAGUACAAAGCAAUUAGUGAGGAGCUGGACCACGCCUUGAAUGACAUGACUUCCAUAUAAGCUGAAAUCCACCAAAGAGGAGCAUCUCUGCACGCAAAGAAUGCUGGACCAGACCCUGCUAGACCUGAACGAGAUGUAAUGGAUCAUCCCCACCACUGCCUCUGCCACGCCAUGCCCGUGCCAGCCCAGCCGCCGCUGGCCUCUAACCCUUGGGACCAGAGUUUACUUCUUGUUGCCAACUUGACCAAACGCAGCUCUUCUCCCUUGCCUCUGGGUUAAAGGCCAUCAUCAGGUUGGGCAGAGCUUCAAGAAACGUUAUUAAGGGAAAUGAGCAAUGCAAUAAUGUUUGGGAGCAUGUUUUGAGAUGUACACAUUUUCUAAGUACCUUUUCUUUUUGUAGUAACCAGUGUGAACAUUCCAAGUAACCAGUGAGGCUGCUGAGCUGCACUCGAUGCUCUUGGCUUUACAACUGGGUAUUAACCUUCUGUUAACCAGCUCUGGG